CGUCAAAGAUGAAUUAAGAACUCUUUAUUUUUUAUUGCCAACAUUGAUGAUAACAAGCAGAAUCACUGAAGCAAAGAGAAACACAAGAAUUAACAAAGGUUUAGAUGUUGAUUUUAUUGAAAAUGUCACUAUCAUGGUGAUCAGUGUUUUAUUUAGUUGGCCAGUUUGACUCUGCUUUUUAUGUCAGUUUGUGGGGUUUUGUAAUUGUGUUUGCUAAUUUUACACAUUUUAAAUGGUUGACUUUUAAGGAAUUAAUUUGAUUAAUUCUAACUCAAUUUUUAUAUGUUGAAUUUAAUUAAUAAUAUUGCUUGUAAUCUGUUGCUACAAUUUUAUUGAGUAGAUAGAGCGUAUUACUUUUUACAGUGUGCGUUCCUUCUAGGAAAUAACAUCUGGAACACCAGUCAAAGUCUGACAUUCAGCGUGUAAACUCAGGGUAUAUCUAUCAACCUCGACCACAGCGAGACAUGUCAUUUGACAUAAUGUGAACGUGAUGUGUGAUUACUGGAACUGAAAGGUCUGAAGUGGGACAUUUAAUUUGACAUAUUCCCAGGUCCAUGCUCAUCUGGAACGCAGCAUUAGUUUAUAAAUUAAACAAAUUGUGCACAUAUUUUGGCAUGCGUAAUUUUCAUGUAAUGCUUUGGUUUGACCAUACAAAUUAUAUUUUAGAUAGUUACAGUUGUAUUUUGAUGAGCCAUGGAUAUAAUUUAAUCAUAUGAGAAGUGCCUGGGGCAUAAAGUUAUAAAACGGCUUGCAAUAGUGCUGUUUAAUGUCAUAAAGUAUACAUGCACAAAUGAACGUUUUACCAUUGGUGCUCAAGCAUUUUUACUUUAUUUUUCAUUCAUUUGAUCAGCAGAUGCUUAUCUGAAAAGCUUGAGCUGUAGAAAACUGAUCCAUGAAACGGUGGAAUUAUGUGUUAUUUACUUAAUACCUCGACUGGGGUUAUUGAUAUCAGCAUUUGUAUUCACAAGAUAUUGUGUAGACGUGCGUGUUAGUAGGACAGUGGGUGUAAGUUUGUGCCCUUUGUCCUGAUCAUGCCCAUUUAGCACCACCCACAAAUUAUGCAACACCAUGAAUAGUCAACAUAAAAUAAAACUAAAAAAAAAAAAAAAAACCUGCAUAGCUCACACACUGCUGCACAGCAAAGAGUUUUGAAGUGUCACUUUAUUUUGUGAAAAUGUCUGGGAAAGUUGUGCUGCAUUACUUCAAUGGAAGAGGGAAAAUGGAGUCGAUCCGAUGGCUUUUGGCCUGCAGCUGGAGUCGAGUUUGAGGAGGUGUUUAUGACCAGAAGGGAGCAUUAUGUUAAACUGCUAGAUGAUGGAGCCCUGAUGUUUCAGCAGGUGCCUUUGGUUGAAAUAGAUGGGAUGCAGCUUGUGCAGUCGAGGGCUAUCAUGAAUUACAUCGCUGGAAAAUACAACCUCUAUGGAAAAGACCUUAAAGAACGGGCUUUGAUUGACAUGUAUGCAGAGGGUACCAGCGAUCUAGUGGAUCUUAUCAUAAUGUCUGUUUUCGCGCCACCUGAAAACAAGCAGAAACAGCUCAGUAAUAUAGAGCAAAAGGCAAAAGAGCGCUUCCUUCCUGUGUUUGAAAAGGGUCUUGCAAACUCUGAUUUCCUGGUGGGAAACCAGUUGAGCCGCGCUGACGUUCACCUUCUGGAAGCCACUCUGAUGCUGCAAGAGAUAUUCCCUACAAUACUGUCAACCUUUCCCAAAAUCCAGGCGUUUCAGGGAAGAAUGAAGGCCUUACCAAGAAUCAGCAAGUUCCUGCAGCCCGGCAGUGCAAGAAAACCUCCGCCUGAUGAGGUGUACGUGAAAACAGUGAAGGAGGUGUUGAGCCACCUCUUUAAGUAGAAGGAUCACUUCAAAA